GUAUGGAUGAGAGGACACCGAAGCAAUAAAGAGAGCAUUAAAGUCAGGGCAGCCUUCGAGCGAGUGGAAUGAGAGAGGGACGAAGGCGAUUGUCGAGAAAAAGCUCGACGUCAGUAGAUGCAGGUUCACGUCAAUCAAUCAAGUCCAGAUUGGGAAAGCGCGACACGACCAAAGCGCGGGCAGACGCGACUCAACUUCUUCCAGAGUGACCGCCGAACAAAACAUUGACGUUGCUCUCACAACCUGGUCACUUUUGCCUUUUUGCUUCCACAUCCAAACUUACGCGCACUCCUCUUCUCACAUCACAUAGUUGCAUCCUUCUUCCAGCUAUCAAAACAACAGCAUCUCUUCAAUCUCCAUCACACUACACCACAUUCACCAACAUGGCCGCCGUGUCGCUGCUCAACGUUGCGGUACGCAACAACCCUGCGCCUUUCACUUCGCCAUACGAGUUCGAAAUCACUUUUGAAUGUCUCGAGAAGCUGGACAAGGAUCUUGAGUGGAAGCUUACCUACGUCGGCUCUGCCACCUCCUCCGAGUACGACCAAGAGCUGGACUCACUCCUUGUCGGUCCCAUUCCCGUCGGUGUGAACAAAUUCGUCUUCGAGGCCGACCCCCCGGAUCUCAACCGCAUCCCCAACAGCGACAUCCUCGGCGUCACUGUCAUCCUCCUGACGUGCAGCUACGAUGGUCGCGAGUUUGUGCGUGUCGGCUACUACGUUAACAACGAGUACACCGACGAGGCACUCAUUGCCGAACCUCCUGCCAAGGCCGUUGUCGAGAAGGUCCGUCGCAGCAUCCUUGCCGAGAAGCCUCGUGUCACUCGCUUCGCCAUCAAGUGGGACAGCGAAGCCAGCGCUCCUGCCGAGUUCCCUCCUGAGCAGCCUGACGCCGAUAAUCAAGACGAUGAUGAGGCCGCGUACGGUGUCGAAGAGCUUGAGGAAGACGAAGUUGAGGUCGAAGGCGAGCCUGAAGUCAAGGAGGGAGAGGACGCCGAAAUGGCUGAAGCCAACCCCGUGGAGCUGCCAAAGGAGGAGGACGAAGUCUCAGAUGCCGGCAGCGAGGACAUCGAAGCCGAGAGCAGUGCCAGUGAAGACGAAGAUGAAGAGGAGGAAGAAGGCGAAGGCGAAGCUGAUGGCGAGGCUGCCGACGAGAUGGACACAGAUGCCCCUGCUUCCUCAAAUGCUGCUACCGAGAAGCCUCAACCUCCUCAACAACAGGGCGAUGUCAUGGUCCACUAGCAGAUGCACCGACUUCUCAUCUCUCAAUGAUUCAUGCACGGC